GUCUGAUCAUUUUUUCAUUAGGAAUUAUGACAUUCGGAGUGAACUCUAGGGAACGCCCGGUUAGGGCAAGGAAGGAUGGGAACAAGUGGGAGGGAACGCGGGACGAUCCACCAAGGCCGUCACCCAUUAGGGUUGCAACGCUCCCCCUGAUAGAGGAAGCAAGUGUGAUACACACUCUCUUUCUCCCCUGGCCUCCAUCGCCAGCGUGCUCCGCAGCCCCUCCUGCGUACUCCUGGAGGUCUAGCACCAUGGUGAAGCAUAACAACGUCAUUCCCAAUGGUCACUUCAAGAAGGACUGGCAGAACUAUGUGAGGACUUGGUUCAACCAGCCCGCACGCAAGAAAAGAAGAAGAACGGCGCGCCAGAAGAAGGCUGCGGCUGUUUUCCCACGCCCUACUGCUGGUCCACUCCGCCCCGUUGUGCACUCUCAGACGUUGAGGUACAAUGCCAAGAUCCGUGCAGGACGCGGCUUCACCUUGGACGAGUUAAAGGCUGCCGGUAUCCCAAAGAAGCUUGCACCCACCAUCGGUAUCGCUGUUGAUCACCGUCGCAAAAAUCGAUGCCUGGAAAGUCUUCAGGAGAAUGUCAACCGACUUAACACCUACAGGGCCAAGUUGGUUGUCUUCCCCAGACGCGCUCGCAAGUCGAAGGCUGGAGAUGCAACCGCCGAGGAGUUGUCGAGUGCAACCCAGGUUACUAGAUCAGUCUUGCCAAUCGUUAAGCCCCGACCUACCGUAGAGAUCGUAUCUGUCACUGAUGAAAUGAAGUCCCAGAAGGGGUACUACAAGCUCCGUCAGGAGAGGAUGAACGAGAGGUUGGUAGGCGUUCGUAAGAAAAAGGCCGAGCAGGCUGAGAAGGAAGAGAAGAAGUAAACUGCUAGCGACAGUGGACGCUGACUGGCUUAAUGUCCUUCGCCUGCUUCAUGUUCAGUGCACUUCACCUGGCUUCUGGUUAAGUAAAGUUGAACAGGGUACCAUUGCUUAUUACA